AGGAAACAUUAUCCAUCGUCCAGCAGCACGGGAUAAAAAUAAAAAAUAAAAUAAAAAUAAAAAUGAUAUUAGUCCUUAGCGAGAAUUUAGAGGGAGAGGCAUGGCGAUGGCUUCAUGCAGUAGCAUAGGGCAGAGUGUGUACCCGAGGGUGAGUGGAGCCAAUUUCCACCUUCCAACUUCUUCCCCUUCCCUCGUUCCUAUUCACCACAACAGCCACACCCAUUCCUUUUUAAAGCUCCGCAAUCCCAUUCAUCUCACCACGCUGCCCAAAGCCUCCGCCCGCACCGACGGCCCCACCGCCACUGACGACGACGGUGUCUCUUUAGGCACCAUGAAGCUUCCCGUUGACACCGACCUUCAGAGAUUCGAUUCCUUGUUGUUUCAGUGGGCUAACAGUCUUUGCCAGGGAGCCAAUCUCCCCCUUCCCGUGCCUCUCAAGGUGGACAAAAUAGCAGGUGGAGCUAGAUUGGGUUUUAUCACUAUUGGAGAUGGGAAAACGGAAGUUAAUGUGUAUAUUGACUGCAUGGUUUUUCCACCAACUGAUAAUUCUGCUCCAAUUUUCCGUGCCAUUAGAAAUGGUCCCUUGAAGGAUAAGGCACCACCUGGUGAACCAAGAAUUAUGAGGAGCCUUCUGCAAGCUCUUCAGAAGUCGGUUGAAAUCGCCAGAUUGUGAAUAUUUUGUUUGUUUUUAACUUAAUUACUCUUGUAAGGUUUUGACUUUUGAACUAAAAAAAAUAACUUGGAGUUUGAUUUUUAAUUUCAUGUAUAUAUAUAUAUAUAUUGUUCCAAUUCA